AUGUGUCAUAUUACAGGCCCCACCCAUGGCUGGAGAAAAACUUGCAUGCCGAGGGAUUAUCUAACCUCUUCGAUUGGCAUGAUUGCUUCUGGGAACGAGUGUGAAACGAAUACGACGCAAACGAUUACUCCCGGAAACUAUUGCUUCUUUGCUACGCCAAAUUUGCAUACUUGCUAUGGUGCAACUGGAUCGACGGUGGCUUGUCAGGGAAAUACACUCCAUCGCGCCUUCAACAACUGGGCGGCGGUCUCUUCCGCCAAAUUUGAAGAAGUUUCCCCACACGAGGAGGCUGAUAUUGAGAUUGGAUUCGAAAAAGGGCGACAUGCGGAUUCUUUUCCAUUUGAUGGAACAGAUGGAAUUGUCGCGCAUGCGUUUUACCCUCGAGACGGCCGACUGCACUUUGACGCCGACGAAAAGUGGACUUUAAAUAGUGAUGAUGGGGUUAAUUUGUAUCAGACAGCCGUCCAUGAAAUUGGACACUUGUUGGGCUUGGAGCACUCGACGGACCCGAGAGCUGCAAUGUUUGCUGCCAAGAGGCCCUAUGACCCGGAUUUUGGACUUGCCGAUGAUGAUGUCAGGGCUAUAAGAACCCUCUUUCCGGUUAAUACAAAUAAUAAUAUUGCGGCGAAACAUUCGAGGAUUGUGGUCCCGCCACGACCCAUAUCAACUUAUGAAAUUAACUCGGAACUGGAGCACAUGCGAUUUGUGAAGUAUCCCCGGAUCCCAACCACUACCCCUUCAAGGAUAAAUUAUGAAUAUGAAUUCCAAACUACCACCAGAAAACCGGAAUGGCCUAUUAAAACCAGAAAACAAGAACUUCCAUUCAACUUUGACCCAAUUUUAUGGCCAGGGUAUUUUGAGGCCAAACGC